AUGACCCUGAGGAGGAGUCAGCUCAUCAACACCCGAGUGCACCACCACUGGAAAUCUCUGGAGGCGGCACAGCGAAGCAACAUACGGAAUCUCAAACGGGGGGAUCAGCACGAGAAGCCUGAAAUAGAGCCAGCCUCAAGCUUCUUCACGUCGCCAAAACUCGGUGAUGCAACGUCAUCUCCAGUUCUCUCGAGAACUGGAUCUAGCCUGCUUAGAAUACGUACGCAGAUACGGCAGGCAAAAACAGCAGAAGCUCAAGAAACUCUCAAAGCCACGUCUAAGGCUGAGGAAACAGGCGAAUCUGAUGUUGACAGUGGCGAGACCAACAUCUCCCUCGACGCCUCCACAAGGUCGAUUGGUGGCAGCCGUAUGCUGCUAAAUGAGUUGCCCAGACACGCAAAUGAAAUCUUACAAAGAGCCAAAGCAGACUUAGAAAAGCCGGGCAACUUAAAGAAGGAAAUUCGCGAGAAUGUAGUUGCGGGUCUGCACACACUGUACGAGAUGAUCCUUAAGUUGUCUGACUCAUGCAUGCUACACAUGCUCGAAUCCAGUAAGCAUAAGGCGAAUGUCUCCAGAGAAUCUGAAAGGCUCACCCAAAGACAUGCCCGAUUCAUGCAUGAAAGUCUAGGUCAGUAUGCCACAUUGAAUGAGAGCAUAGAGAAGCUCCACAAGGAAACUGAGUUAACCAGACUUAUUGUCUCAUACGAUCUCUGUGAGGCAGUUUCAGCAACGAAGAGAGAAAUAACAAAUUUCAGAAACGAAACAAGCUUAGGCUCAAACUUGGCAAGUCAGCUGCAGAUUAUCUCGGAAGAGGUAAAGUUACUUCGAGACAAUAUGAGCUCAUUUAGAAAAUCACCGACUGCAACCCAAGAUCAAUGGAAUUAUCUCUCAGAGGAACUCAAAGAGCUCCGGCGCAUCAUACAGGAGAUAGACACCAAUAGAGAACGAUAUGAAUUACCUGCCAAUAUACCAGCGAAUAUAGACGAUGCAAAUGUUGCUGCCGAGAGAUUGCAACAGGAAACCACGGACUCCAAACUUUUGUUAAUCUCAGAAAUAUCUGAGUUGAAACAAGAAGUAAGCAGAAUAUCUCUAGAGAUCCGAAGCCUAUCCUCGGCUGUCUCGAGCUCCGCAUUCCCCUCGGUACAGGCCAGCUUGGAGGAACUGAGGAGGGAAAUGAAGGAGUUGAAAGAUACUGCAGUUGACUCGACAUCACCUAUCAGACUAGCGAUAGAGGGCCUUAGAAGCGAUCUUAAGCAUAAAUCACAGGUCGAAGAGAGAGAGUUAAGAAGUGUACAAAUUAAAAUGAUGGAAGAAAAAGGCAUAGAAUUAACUCAGCACUCACUAAUGCCGCAACAGAUAUUUUCUACAGGACAAAACCAAGACUUCAGCAACAUUAUUUCAAACAUUGAUACUGCUUGCUCUAGUCAACCAUCGAUUGUGACAGAAAAUGUUAUUUCUUCUCUAAAUAAGGCGGAUCCGUCACCGAUCCUCCUAGAAAACCACGAAAACGACAGUGAAGACGAAACUAAAGACUUUUCUCCAGACGAUAGUGGUGAUGAAUAUAAGCCAGAGAAAUCUAUACAACGCAACCUUAUUAACUCAACGUCAUCUAGCUCAUCUUCGAGCUCUUCAUUCUCAACUUCAUCGUCUAGUGCAUCCGGUUCUACUUCUAGCUCACCAUCAACAUCGAUUACUCAUGAUUCUGUCAGAAAUUCAAAUUUUUUAGAUACCAGCCAAGAUUUAGCGCUACCAUCCGAGACUACAGUUGCCAAGAGAGGCAAGAAGAGAGUUACAAAUAUAAAAGAUAUCGUAACAAAUUGCUAUUUCUGGCACGAGGAUCUUGGCAAUAGAGGAGCUAUAGAAUUGGGGUAUGUUCAAAUUUCUGACAGAGACUGCAGAGCGUCAUGCCAAUAG